UUUUACAAUUUCAGAACUUACAUUAUUAUUAGUUCGAAUACUUGUCAAACGAAUAUUCUCAUAUAUAAUUCUUAGACAGAACCUUUCGAUAUAUUCAUGAAGUUGACUAUAAAUUUGCUGUUGCAAGCGCUCCUUAUUGGCCUACUUGCAUUGAGCCAAUUGCCAUAUGGCAAUGCCAAAGCUCUGGUCAGCACCUCAGCGGUGACGGCUAUCGCCAACGCCACGGAGAGCAUGAAAACCAAUUUAACCAAUCAAAACGCAACCAUUGUUGUGGCCAGGGACACUGAUCGGAGCAAUGACACCGCCGUAACAACACUGCCAACACAGACCAAGUCUCUGGAGAUGUCCCAGUCCCAGUCCACGGGCAGCACUGUGUUAACGAAUAUUGUGCGCAGAAAGCGUCAAGAGGUCGAGCCGACAUUGCCGUUCGAUUCUAAUACAAUGCAUCUGCCAUGCGAUUUAGAUCAUAACGGCAGAGCCCAGGUGGUCGAGGCCUAUCCCAAUCAUUGCAUCUGGGUUUGGAACAAUAAAUAUGUGCAUGAGGGAUUCUUUCGGGUUUUCAAGAUAUAUCAGUUGGAGUCCUUCUUCUUUGGACAGUAUUAUGAGCGCUUCAAACGCUUCGAGAUCGAUCCUCACGAUUGGGACUACAGCAACAUAGUAUUCUAGAUACCCCCAAGAUAGCAACAAUUAAAUUAACUGUGAGUUAAGUGGAAAUGUAUAGAAGUCGUAUUGAAAACGAAAUCAGAACAAUAAAGUGAAAACUGCGUAUAAAAAA